AUGACCAUAACCCACGUCCACCCGCAGCUCCGCAGGCCAGAGCUGUCCAGCGCUGGCCAGGGCAUGGUGGCCAUGGCAGCGGGCGCCAUGGCAACAGGCGCCAAACAAAGGCGCAGCUGCAAGCACACACGCCGCCGAGCCCACAGCCAGAUAACGUCGUCAGGCAGGCGGGGGCCGACCGCCAUCGCGAAGCAUGGGCCGCGGCCGCCGGACAGCCAGCUGAAGGAGAUGCAGUGUGGCAGCCCGCCUGUGAUCCCAGUGAUCCCAGUGAUCCCGCCCGGCUCUCGUCCUCUUUCCCCCUCGGCUCCGUCGCGGACCGCUGCCCAGGAGCACUGCCAGGACGCUCGGACCUCUCCCGGCUGGACGAUGGCCACCACAGAGGACUACUACUAUGAUUGGGCGGCCUGCCUGGGCCUCUCGCUGGUGGACGUGUGCUACCGCGAGGUGGUGCCGGCGCCCUCCUUCGGGGGCCGGCUGUGCCUCCGCGCCUUCCACCCGGACAGCUCGGACCGCUGGCGCCUGGCGCUGCAGGCGCUGGACGUGGCGCUGGGCUUCGCCGCGCCCCUGCUGGUCAUGCUCUACUGCUACGCCCGGAUCUUCCGCUCCCUGUGCCUGGCGUCCCGGCGCCAGCGCCAGCGCUCCCUGCGGCUCAUCGUCUCCGUCGUGGCCGCCUUCCUGCUCACCUGGGCGCCCUACAACGCCUUCCUGCUGGCCGACAGCCUGCUGCGCCUGGAGCUGCUGCCCGCCAGCUGCCAGCUGGAGGCCGUGCUGGACGUGGGCACGCUGGCCGCCGAGAGCCUGGGCCUGGCGCACUGCGCCGUCAACCCCCUGCUCUACGCCUUCGUGGGCGUCAAGUUCCGCCGAGAGCUGGGGCGCAUGUGCAAGGGCGCCCUGGGGGGCCGGGGGGCCGGGGGCCGGCGGUGGGGUCACAGGGGCCGAGGGGGGCACAAGUCCCGCAGGGUCACGGGGUCCAUGACCUCAGACAGCGAGACGUCCAGCACCUACUACUCUGUGGUGAUGUGAGAGGAGAGGAGAACGGGAGAGAGAGAGAGGAGCAGGAGAAGGAGAGGAGGAAGGGAGAGGGAGAGG